AUGCGGAUCUAUGGCCGUUUGGCGUGUGAAUAUGCUGUGGACAUGUUCUCGCGGACGGAGGAGGAGCGCCUGCACUAUCUCAAACGGGGCCGACGCAUGCAAGCUGCUGCCAUGGAUGAGGCUCCAAAUCCUGACAUCCCCGAUCUCUUCGAGAACAAAAUCCCUGCCGGUUUCAUGGGGUCCCGGGCCUGGGCUUCGGACCAGGUGGCUGACUCCCUCGCGAUCGCGCGACAGCUGGCCAAGCCGUCACUGUUCCUCACCAUGACGACCAACCCUAACUGGCCCGAGAUUCAGUCCCAGUUGCUCCCAGGCCAACAUUUCACAGACAUCUUGCGGUGGGAGAAAUUUGGAGGCCUCCUGUACGAGAUAUGCGUUACAGAGUUCCAGAAACGGGAUGGCUUCAUCUGCGCCGAGUUACCAGAUCCGGACGAGGACCCUGCCCUACAUGCAGCGAUCGGCAGAUUCCACAUGCACUCACAGAACCACUUGGACCGGUCCACGUCACGCUGCAACCGAGACGGCCGCUGCAUUUACGAGUACCCUCAACCUAUCAACAACCAGACUUACAUGGAUGAUCUUGGUCGUGUCCAUUACCGCCGACGCAAGCAGGAAGAUCGAUGGGUGACUCCUCAUGUACCCGCCCUAGUGCACCUGCUCGACUGCCAUAUCUAUGCGGACGUGUGCUCUACAGCGACGAUCUUCCUUUACCUGUUUAAGUACCUCUUCAAAGGACCCGAUCGGGCGCGCUUUGGUAUUCGGGCCCUCCACGAUGCCCGGGCAGACGGUGAGGACGACCAAAUAGAUGAGUUCAGAGACUAUAUGAACGCCCGUUACCUCUCUUCGUCCGAGGCUGUCUACCGCAUCCUCAACUUCCAUACUGUCUCCAAACGUCCUGGCGUCCGCUGCCUCUCUGUCCAUCUGGAAGGCAAGAACUUAGGGAGGAUGCACGAUCGAAACCAACCGGGUUACUCCGAGAUGAGCGACCUGUUGUGGUACUUCAAACGCCCAUCCACAGAAACCUUCUCAGGCUUGAAGUAUACCGAGUUCUUCAGCCUUUAUUACCUAGAGACGGUGCCCCUGGAUGUUCCACUACACAGAGGUCAGACCCUCAUUGCUACUGUCACCACCGAAAAGGGACCAUGCCAAAAGGUGUUGCGCCGUCGAGUCCGCCAGCCUAUUGUCACCCGACUUCAGACCGUCCCACUUCGUCUGAAGGAAACGUUUUACCUACGCGCACUGCUCCAGGUGCGGCCUGCGAACAGCUUCGAAGAUGUCCGCACUAUGCGGGGUCACUGCUAUCCCACAUACCAGGAGGCUGCCACUGAGUUAGGACUCUUCCAGGAUAACCACGAGGCCGUGUACGCGAUGAAUGAAGCGAUCACAGCCUACAGCCGCCCGUCCCAGCUCCGCUUUCUCUUUGCCCAGCUUCUGUCUAACCUUCCAUUUCCAGCUGUGGAACUAUGGUCCCGCUUCCAGGGCGAUCUCAAUGCUGACUAUAGACUACGUCACCCUACGGCCCACGCCACAGACCUUGCCUUGCAGGACCUGGCACGCUAUCUCUCAGCACAGGGAUCGUCCUUGGCACAGUGUGGCCUACCGGAGCCCGUUCAACGUUGUGCGGAGGUGGAUUUGGAACUUGCCUUCUUCCAGACCCAACUGUUAUCUAUCCGCGGGAGGCAUAAGGAGGCCUACGGUAGGAUGAAUCCGGAUCAGAAAGGCAUCUUCGAUCAUCUCCUAGACCAAUCGGACAUUGGCGGCUGCUACUUCAUCGACGGCCGUGCGGGUCGCGGGAAGACAUUUUUGAUGAGCGCCAUGUGUGAUCGCAUUAGGGCAGACGAGCGCAUCGUAUGCGUGACUGGAACCACCGCCCUCAGUGUGAUCCAUUACGAGCGGGGUCGGACGGCCCACUCGGCCUUUGGCAUUCCUGUUCAGGAGUCUGACAUGGGCUUGGUGUCUAAGGUCAGCCCCCAGUCAGGUCGUGCAGAGCUCCUACGCCAGGCCUCGCUCCUGAUCUGGGAGGAGCUGCCGAUGGCGAAGAAGGCGGUCGUGGAGUGUACAGACCAGCUCCUUCAAGAUAUCAUGAGAAAUGACCUGCCAUUUGGAGGAAAACUCUUCAUCGGCCUAGGGGACUUUCGUCAGGUGGCACCAGUCGUCCGCGGAAGUUCUGGGCCUACAGCAACUCUCAACAGCUCUAUCCGCACCUCCACGCUCUGGAACCACUUUAAGGUCCUGCGGCUGACUACCCCGGUCCGACAGGCCGGGGGUCCGGUAUACGCAAGAUGGGUGGACCAGCAUCUUGACGACCUUGACGCUGCGGCAGACUUCCUCUUCCCGCAAGAUUCCGUCUCCACCUCCGCCGCUGCCGUCCAGCACGCAUUGCUUAGCCCGUUUAACGCGCGCGUUGAUCUGUUUAAUAAGCUCAUCUUAGAACGGUUACCGGGGGUGCAGAUUAAAGAACUAGACGAUUCCACCUUCAAUCUCCCCACGGGUGCAGAGGCGGAUCUUCUCUCGGUAUUGAACGAGCCCGGAAUACCCCCGCAUGAGCUCUCACUCAAAAUUGGCGCCGUUGCUAGCGUGAUGAGGAAUCUCUCCAUCGAGAAAAACUUGGUCAAAAACGUGAGGGUCCAGGUGGUUAACCUGCUACCAAAUGUCGUGCAAUCGCCGACGUUCUACCUGCCACGGAUCACAUUCGAGUUUCGGCCUCACCGCGCGAAUUGGACGGUGCAACGGCGGCAAUUUCCGCUGCGUCUAGCUUAUGCCACCACCUUCAACAGCUGCCAGGGACUCACCCUGGACCGGGUUGUGCUAGAUCUCACCCUGCCGGUCUUCGCCCAUGGCCAACUUUACACUAGCUUAUCCCGCGUCCGCUCUGCCGUAGACAUCCGCAUUCUCCGAGACCCAAAUGACACAGAGCAAGACAACAUUAAUGUCGUUUAUCACGAAUUGCUACUGCCUCUGUGA